UGUUAAUAAGUAAAAAGCUUACUCUCCCUUGUUAGCUAGUUAACUAAGUUUCUUAAAUUUGACCUCACUUAAUAUGUCAGUUUAAAAAACAACAACAAUUUAGCUAAUUUCUAAAACCAAUCAGUCACAGUGAUGGCCUUAGAACAGUACCGCUCUGUCAGUAUGAAUUUCCUGUCUUGCGUCACUUUUUGGAACAGAAUCUCUGCUCAAAUACGGUAUUCCAUUCAGGAAGAAUUAAAAGUAGGCACGGCCGUUGGAAAUGUGGCCAAAGACCUUGGAUUAGAUCUCGGAAGAUUGACGGAUAGGAAUCUUCGUGUCGUGUCAGGAACAAAGCAGGAUCUGUUUAAGGUAAAUCCGAGAGAUGGAGUUUUAUUAGUGAACCAGAGAAUAGACAGGGAGGAGCUGUGUGCAAAAACUGCUCCGUGCAUCACAAAUCUGAAAGCAGUCGUAGAAAAUCCUCUGGAGAUGCACCAGGUAAUAGUUGAAAUACUCGAUGUAAAUGACAAUGUGCCCAGAUUUCCUGAAGAAAACUGCACAUUAGAGGUGCUGGAGUCCGCCAUAGUUGGAUCUCGAUUUCAAAUGGAAGGAGCACAAGACUUAGAUGUUGGUUUAAAUUCCUUGCAAUCAUAUAAACUCAACCAUAACCAGUAUUUUCGCCUGGAAAUAGAGGAAUUUGGAGAGGAAGGAAAGGUUCCAUUCCUAAUCUUACAGCGACCUUUGGACAGAGAACACGCCGCUCAACACUGGUUACUCUUAACAGCUAAUGAUGGAGGUAAACCAUCAACAUCUGGUGCUAUUAAUAUCACUGUUAUUGUGUCUGACAUUAAUGAUAACUCACCAGUGUGUGAUAAACAGAAAUACACCGUAACGAUAAAGGAAAACGCAAAUGCAGGAACAUUUCUGCUGACAGUAAAUGCAUCUGACUCGGAUGAGGGGAUGAACGGUGAGGUCGAAUAUUCUUUACGGAGUAAACUUCGAGGAUUCUCAUCUGAAACGUUUGAUUUGAAUAGCAGAACUGGCAAACUGACGGUGAAAGGAGGCCUUGAUUACGAGGAAAAGCAAGUCUAUGAGAUUAAGGUACUGGCUGCGGACAAAGGUGCAGUGUCUCUCUCCACACACUGCAACGUGGUUAUUAGAGUGGAAGACGUGAACGAUAAUCAACCUGAAAUAGAGAUCACAUCCCUUUCAAGUCGCAUUCCAGAAGAUGCACCUCCUGGCACGGUGGUGGCAUUGAUGGGCGUGACGGACCUUGACUCAGGUGUGAACGGACAGGUGGUCUGCAGUGUGCCGGGUCAUUUACCUUUUGACUUAAAGCCCUCCCCUGACGGACAGUCAUACUCUUUAGUCACCAAUGACUACCUAGAUAAGGAAACCAUGCAUAUGUAUAUCAUCACAAUAACGGCUAAGGAUUUAGGGAGCCCAGCCCUAUCAUCUACAAUGGUGAUACAGGUAGAUGUGCUAGAUGUAAAUGAUAACAGACCUGUCUUCACUGAAAGUCCAUAUACUUUUUAUCUGCCUGAAAACAACAAGGCUGGAAUGUCUAUUUUUUCAGUGAGCGCAGCAGAUGCUGAUGGAGGCGAACAUGCAGCAGUCACAUAUUCCCUUAACCGUAAAAGUCAAGCACCCACAGUAACUUCAUUUUUAAAUAUAAAUGAAGCCGAUGGCACAAUUUCAGCGCUAAAAAGUUUUGACUUUGAAACUCUGAAAAAGUUCCAGUUCCAAGUUGUUGCCUCAGAUUCUGGAACUCCGUCACUAAGCAGCAACGUCACAGUGAACGUGUUCAUUCUGGAUCAGAACGACAACGCUCCAGUCAUCCUGUAUCCAGUCAGCUCUAACGGUUCUGCUGAAGGUGUGGAGGAGAUUCCCCGCAAUGUGAACGCAGGACACUUGGUGACUAAAGUCAGAGCCUAUGACGCUGAUAUAGGAUAUAACGGCUGGUUACUGUUUUCACUGCAGGAAGUUAGUGACCACAGUCUCUUUGCUUUGGACCGCUAUACAGGACGGAUCAGAACACUUCGCUCAUUCACAGAGACAGACGAGGCUGAGCAUAAACUGCUCAUACUGGUGAAAGACAAUGGGAACGUUUCACUGUCAGCAACAGCUACUGUGCUUGUCAAAGUUGUGGAGCCCAAAGAGGCUUUUGCUGCUUCUGAUGUUAAAAGUGCAACAAAGGAUGAUGAGGAUGAUAAUGUGACUUUUUAUCUGAUGAUAACUUUGGGCUCAGUUUCAACACUUUUUCUCAUCAGUAUCAUCGUGCUGAUUGCAAUGCAGUGCUCUAAAUCCACAGACUAUACUUCUAAAUAUCUACAAGAGCCUAAUUAUGAUGGGACACUGUGUCACAGCAUCCAGUACAGAUCUGGAGAAAAGCGGUACAUGCUAGUUGGACCCAGGAUGAGUAUAGGAUCUACUAUAGUCCCGGGAAGCCAUGCCAAUACACUAAUGCUUCCUGACAGGAGACACACUUCUGGAGAGGUAAAUAUCCCGCUGGUCACAUGGUGUCAGUGUGGCCUAGGUAAUAGUUGUGUUGCUCAUUCUGCACAGGCCCUGCCCAUCUCUGGAUCAUCUCGUCUUGAGGUGGUAUGCUGA